AAAAAGUAACAAAAGCUCUUGUGUUCAAAUUUAACAAAAAUAUUUCAAUGAAACUUUCGAAACUGAAGAAAAAAUCAUCGCAUUUUUAUUUACAUGAAAAAUACUGAUAGCAUUUUCUACAGCAUCAAAAAUUAUUGAUGUUUCGAGAUUAUUGCUCCGAGAAAUCUUACUCUCAUCGCUUUAUUCAUUACGCUCUGACAUUGCUCCGACAUCUCGGAGAGUCUCAGGCUGAGAGCCACUGCUCGAGCAGUCACGAAAUACGCGUGCUGGUUUAGUGGUCUGCGCAAUUCGAGCAGACGAGGUCAGACGUGACCGUGACGGUAUAAGACGAGAGAAACGUCACCGUGGCUUUCUCGCGUGUUUGACAGGAUCUUGUGUGGUACGGCUUCGUUCUCGAAGUGAUUUCAGAAUGUGCUGCGCGUUACAAUCGAUAAGAUACGCGAGCUUUCAGCUAUCAUUCGCCGCCAGCCCGACGCCGCGGAUGUAAACAUAACCUAACCCUAACCUAGAGACGCUACUUUCCAAUCGCUUUUCCGUGAGUACCCUAGAAAUCCUAGUCUUAACUCGAACCUAACCUCGUCCUAGGAUCAUAUGACUGAUUCUGCAGAUUUGUACUAACGAACGAUGUAAGGUGUUCGUUAAGGAUAAAUGAUACUUUAUGAGUGUCCUCUGAUCGACCUGUUAAGAUGGAGGACGUGUCGGGGGAGUACUUUCAGCCGAUUUUGAGCUCUCAGGAAGAAGACAAUUUUCAGCAGUUAAACACUGUGUCAAUCGUGUCGAUUCCACUUUUGCUUGGAGUCUCUUUGGGAAUCUGUGGAAUUGUGUUUGUGUCCAUUUGGCCAGAAGAACAGAACAAAUGCGACACAUAUUUUAUAUACUUGUACCUCCACUGUGCCUAUUGGCUAACAGUCAUGGCGAUAGACCACAUUGUCAAGGCGAAACACCAUAACUUGCGUAUUAAUGGGUACCUAGAUUUUUAUCAGUCGACAUAUCAACUUAUAAGGACGCCCCUUUUCAUCGCGUCGUUGUGGAACACGUGCUUCUUAUUGCUAGCUGUGAUUCUACAUCACACGCAUAAAGUCGACUACGAGCAGUAUUGCAGAAAGUCAGAGUGGUUCACACCACUGAACUAUAUUUUUUUCCUAACUAUUUUGGAACUCGUGAUAAUCGUGCCAGCUUACAUUAAUUAUAUCAAGAGAGUUAUGAGAUUCAAUCGAUUACGUCCACCGUCCGAUGUCACUCGCGACGAAUGGCUGUCGCCCUUUACACAAGAUUCCUAUUCUGGAAUGGGGGAAAUUGGGUAUCAACAGAGGGGGAGGAAUUUGGAGGAACUGCUGGAAAAGCAGGCAGACUUGAUAAGAUAUCUGAAAGAUCACAACGUACAGCUAAGUCAUAGAAUAAUGCUAUUGGCGUCUCAGCGCAGAACAAUAGAGACAUAAAACAAAAAAAUAGUGAUUAUAUAUCUCUCUUACGAAAUGACGAAAGACGUUUGUUAUUAUUUAUAAUUGUGAUGUUACGUCGGAGACCAAGAUUUUAAAUUGUUAUUGUGAUAUAUACGAUGUCUUGAAAUUAAAUUCAAUGCAUAGAUGUAUAAUAAAUGUAUCAUAUGUUUGAAAAAAUCAUACUGUUACCGCAU